AUGGCCUCUGCAGGACUGAAACGCGCUGAUCUGGGCCCCAAACAGGAGAAGAGCAUCAGAGUUGAGUCACGCUCCCUUCUGGCAGGGAGAGCUCAGCCGCACCAGGCCUGGGACCACACUUGGCAGCAGGCGAAACCCACCUGGAAUUUAGAGAAGUAUGUGAGUGCUUUCCAGGAUUGCAGCGCUGUGCCCUCAGGGAUCCCUCCACAGCAACCCUACUUCUUGUGCCCACCGUCACUAUGCCCUGCGCACCCCAGUGACAUUACUCCGAGCCUGCCCUUGGCCCAGCCCUGCGUGGACCUGGGUGGGAGCGCUCUGCUCUGCUGACACUCUUGCCUUAGACCUAAGCCCUACAGGUUUGCUUUCCAAAGCCUUCCUGACACCAGUUGCGUCACGGGAAAGGUGAUGUCUUCCUUGCUGAUGGAACCCUGCCUGCUGCCUGCGCUGGUGGAGGAGCACUGUGGGGCUGGGGUCAAAGGCUCUGCCCGCAGUUCAGGUCAGCAGGCAUCCAGCUCCUGUAGACCAGCGCUCAGUAACAACUUCCUACAGCCAAGCAGUGCUAAAGUGCCUUUGCUGCAGUCACUGGAGAUCAAGAACAUGAAGAAUCCUGCUGCUUCAUGGCCCCACUCCAGGGAUGAUGAUGACGGCUCCCCCAGCAGCCUGGUGAAUGGAGCAGUGAAAAGCAAUGACCUUGCAUUGGAGCCAACUGUGGUCCCCUCCUUGACCCUUGUGCCCAGCAGUGCAAUCCUCAGGAAGGACCGGUGCUCGCAGGAGGAUGCCGAGAGGAGAGCACACAGCUUAAAAGAGGAGGAACUGGCAGUUGGCCUCACACAAGCCGUGCAGCAGCGAGCAGGACAGACUCCUACGUGCAGUGGCUUUGGACACGAAGUCAAAAGCUCUGACCUUACGAACGUGGGCAGCCUGUCCAUGGGGCAGCACCUCCUAGUGCAGCUCACCCCCAAGGAAACCGUCACUCCUCUGAACUUGGAGCUGAGUAGCCAUCGCCUUAAUGGUAACUUGAGCUUUACAGGCACUGAUGGUGCCGUGGUCUACACUAAGCGUGUCAGCGCCCGUCUCUUGUCCUCCUACACCGGCUCUCCCAACCACAACGCUGGCUGCCGGUGUUUGAGCAAGCCAAGCACGUGUGGUGGGCACCGGGUGGCGAGAGCAGAACUGUCGCACCUUGCUGCCAUCUCUGAAGUGGCAACUCAGAUGUCUCACAUCCAGCUGGAGAAAGAAGAGAAAAGGGCCCAGGCUGUGCUCCUGGGCAAGCUUGAUGUCGCUGCUGAGCAGUCACCGCUGGAGCUGAGCCAUCCACAGGAUGAAGCGGAGGAAGAACUUCCCGAUGGCCUGAACGAGAGCUACAGUCAGGAGGAGGAUGAGGACAGUGACUCCGAUGCUUCCUCUGUCACUGGCAUGUCAUCCAGUGGCUCUGUGGCUCUUGGAUCCGGGAACCGCAUCAAGUGCCUGGCCCAGCCCACUGAGGCUCAGGAGAAAGUGCUCAAACCAGCUCUUGUCUGCAGUUUAUUCCCCAACGUGCCUCCAACCAUCUACUUCAGUACUCAGGAUGAGAGAGUGGAAAAGCUGCCUUGGGAGCAGAGGAAGCUGCUGCGAUGGAAAAUGUGCGCAGUCACGCCGAACAUAGUGAAGCAAACCGUUGGCAGGUCCCACUUCAGAGUCAGCAAAAGAAGCAACGACUGGCUGGGUUGCUGGGGUCACCACAUGAAAUCCCCCAGCUUCAGAGCCAUCGAGGAGCACCAGAAGCUAAACCACUUCCCCGGCUCAUUUCAAAUUGGAAGAAAGGACCGUCUGUGGCGCAACCUGUCGAAGAUGCAGGCUCGCUGUGGGAAGAAGGAGUUUAACUUCUUCCCUCAGUCCUUCAUCCUGCCCCAGGACAUCAAAUUACUCAGGAAAGCGUGGGAGGAAGGAGCCAGCCGCCAGAAAUGGAUUGUGAAACCACCAGCGUCAGCAAGAGGCAUUGGUAUCCAGGUCAUCCACAAAUGGAGCCAGCUUCCCAAAAGGAGACCGCUACUGGUACAGAGAUAUCUGCACAAACCCUACCUCAUCGGCGGGAAGAAGUUCGACCUGAGGAUCUACGUUUACGUCACUUGCUACGAUCCCCUCCGGGUCUACCUGUUCGAGGAUGGAUUGGUUCGCUUUGCCAGCUGCAAGUACUCCUCCUCCAUGAAGAGCCUCAGCAACAAGUUCGUGCACUUGACCAACUACAGCGUGAACAAGAAGAACACAGAGUAUAAGUCCAACUCAGAUGAGACCGCUUGUCAGGGACACAAAUGGGCACUCAAAGCUCUCUGGAGUUACCUGACCCAGAAGGGAGUUAAUUGCGAGGCCAUCUGGGAGAAGAUUAAGGACAUCGUUAUCAAAAAUUGCGUGAGUUCCGAGCCCUACGUGAACAGCCUGGUGAAGAUGUACGUGCGGCGGCCGUAUUGUUGCCACGAGCUGUUUGGGUUUGAUAUCAUGCUAGAUGAAAACCUCAAGCCUUGGAUCUUGGAGGUCAACAUUUCCCCGAGCCUCCACUCCAACUCCCCGCUGGACGUGAGCAUCAAGGGCCAGAUGAUCCGGGACCUCCUCAACCUUGCUGGCUUCGUUCUGCCCAGCACAGACAGCGUGGCCUCAAGGCCACAGGCAAGAAGUGACUCUACCUGCGGUCUGAGCGGUGCUUUGAAGGAGAAGCCCAAGCCAGCAUCUGAGCAUUUCAUAGCAGAGAAGAUGAAGAAGGCCUAUUACUUGACACAGAAGAUACCUGACCAGGAUUUUUAUUCUUCUGUCUUGGACAUCCUGACCCCAGAUGACGUUCGCAUCCUGGUGGAGACAGAGGACGAGUAUUCCCGACGUGGGCAGUUCGAGCGGGUGUUCCCCUCCCACGUCUCCAUGCGGUACCUGCGCUUCUUCGAGCAGCCUCGUUACUUCAACAUUCUGGUCACCCAGUGGGAGCUCAAAUACUACUUGAAUAAACACAAAGGUCUGGAGCUACUGAAGAACUGGUGUGUCAAAGGGUACCACGCUGGAGCGGGGAUGGAUUUUGCUCAGAUGUGGUCAUUGCCAAAGUCUCUCUUCCUCCAGAAGAGCAGCGUUCAAUCAAAUGGCUUCAGCGAACUGGAACUGGGCAGACUGAGCACACUCCUCUCUUCAGCUGGUGAGGACAUCACAAGAUGCCUGGAGCCCAACUCUGCUCAGAGCUUACCUCUCAACAAGUGCACUGGUGGAGUCGGUCAGAAACCUGCUGGCUGCCUCUCGGACACCACCCUGGUGAUGUGA